AUGACCUCCCCAGCCUUGAAAGAAGUUCCCUUUACGGUAUAUUAUGGUACGCUGGUUCAUACGCCUACGUUAGGAGAACUGGAGGUGAUUGUAAAUGCAAGAGUCGGUGUUGAUGAGACCGGUACCAUAGUGUACGUGCACAAGCACGCGUUGCACGGAAGUGUUGAAGAAGAGUCGCCUAAAAACGCAAAAAUCGUUAGACUGAAUGGAUUCACCGAAUUUUUUCUUCCAGGCUUUAUUGACACUCAUAUUCAUGCACCACAGUAUCCAAACUGUGGAGUCUUUGGAAAUUCAACACUAUUUUCAUGGCUUACCAAGUACACAUACCCUGUGGAGAUGGCUUUGGUGGAUCCUAUGAAAGCUCAGCAGGUAUACGAAAAGGUGGUUAAGAGGACUUUGGCACAUGGUACAACGUGCUGUGCAUACUAUGCUACGAUACACGUGGAGCCUACCAACAUUUUGGCAGAUUCCGCAUACGGUAACGGACAGAGAGCCUUUAUUGGAAGAAGUUGUAUGGACUGUGGAAAGCCAAUUUACAACGACGAAGAUGGAGAGGGAUCAACUUUGGCAGUCAUUAACCAUAUCAGAGAAAAAGAUCCUGAAUAUGCUCUGAUAAAGCCAAUUUUAGCUCCUCGUAAUGCAAACAAGUGCUCUGAGGGAUUUAUGAAGUGGUUAGCUGCUAAAAGCAAGGAGCUGGGUCUUCCUAUUGAAACUCAUCUCAGCGAGACUGAAGAGGAGGUGGAACAGAUCAUGCAAAUGUUUCCACAUUGCAAAACAUACGCAGAGAUCUAUGACUAUCACAAUCUGUUGACAGAGAAGACAAUCCUGGGCCACUGUGUGUUUUUAUCUGAAGAGGAACUUGCGCUGAUAAACGAGCGCAAGUGUGGUAUCUCACACUGUCCCACAUCGAAUAGUUGUCUGACUUCAGGUGAAGCUCGUUUGCGUUGGAUGUUGGACAACAACACGAAAGUUGGACUCGGCACCGAUGUAUCUGGAGGCUUUUCUCCAUCGAUGCUCACCACUGCAAGACAUGCAGUGUUGGUUUCGAGGCACGUAGCUAUGAAGACCAAAAAGGACCAUGACAAGUUGUCCGUGAACGAGGCUCUUUAUCUUGCGACCCUUGGAGGAGCAAAUGUGAUUGGUAUGGGAGACUCUCUUGGCACUUUUGCCGUCGGCAAGAAAUGGGAAUGUCAGCAAAUCAACAUUGAGUCUUUGGAUCUCUUUGACUUUUUGAAUCCAUCGUUGGAGGGUUUACAAGCUCAAAAUUUAGAUGACCUUUCGAAGUUUCAAGAUCUUAUCGACAAAUGGGUGUUCAACGGUGACGACAGAAACGUGAGAAGGGUUUAUGUAAACGGCCGUUGCGUUGUUGAUAAAUCAUCUUUAACUUGA